UGUUGUUGCUGUUGUUAUUAAAGACUUUGGGGGAAGCCACAAGUCCCAUCAUCCCCACAGCAGGCUUUUGGGGGAACUACAAAUCCAAUAAUCCCUGUAGCAUUGAGUACAACUGUCGGCCUUGGGGGGCACUGCAAAUCCCAUCGCAUGUGGCAGGCCUUUUGGGGAGGGGGAGUGCAAAUCCCAUCACCCACGCAGCAUUGAAUACAACUGAUGGGGGAAGAGCUUUGGGGAAAGGACAAAUCCCAUCAUCCCCGUAGCACGGAGAUAUAGUGUGGACAAAAGAGCUUUGACGCCGAUGGCCUUGGCUUACAAAAUGGAAAAUAGACUCGGCUUGGACCAACUUGGGCCCUCCCGCCUGGUGUUUUGGAUUUUAGGAAUUGUGGGCGUUGCAGUCCAAAACACUGGGAGGGAGGGCCCAAGUUGGCCCAGGCGUGGCCUCGAAUGAGGGCUAGAGGUGAGGUGGAGGAGCCCCAUUGCCAUGGAUCCAAAGUCCAGGAUGUGUCAGGAUGCUUACGCAGGAGGAGGAGGCCAAAGGGCAAGGAGGCGGGCUGGCCCUUUAAAAAGGCCCCACUGCGGCCCAGGCCUCCCAGUUCCAGCCCAGUCCCUCCCCAGGAAGAAGCAAGCUCAGAUCUUUGUGAGGAUGGAUUACGCCAAAAAGUCGCUGUCCCUUCUCUCCCCGCAAUCCCUUUCCAAGUGCAUCUUGGCAGUGGCUCCUCCUUCUCCGCCGAGGCCCCGCCCCUUCCGGGUGACCAACCACGAACGCUCAGUGCGCAAAGGGAUGGUGGCCGAGAGCCUGAGGGACCUCCAGGAGAAGGUGCGUCACGCCUGGGCCCUCUCCGGGGAAGUCCACCUGGUCUUGGAGGAGGACGGCACCAGCGUGGAGAUGGAGGAGUUCUUCCAGACGCUGGAGGAAGGGGCGGUGCUCAUGGCCCUGGCCAAAGGGCAGGAAUGGCGGCCAGAGAAGGCACCCGGCUACCAGCUCGCGCUCUCCCAGAAGCCCCGGCACCGGAUUGACGUGGCCCGGCUGACCUUUGACCUCUACAAGACCAACCCUCGGGACCUCAUUGGCUGCUUGAACAUCAAGACGACGCUCUACGGGACGUACAGCAUGUCCUACGACAUGCAGUGCUACGGGGCUAAGAGGAUGAUGAGGGAAGCUCUCCGCUGGGCGCUGUUCACCAUGCAGGCCACCGGCCACGUUUUGCUGGGCACUUCCUGUUACGUGAAGCAAUUGCUGGACGCCACGGAGGAGGAGAAAGCGGAGAAGGAGGUGGCGUUGCUCGGCCUCUCGCUCCGGAAGAUGCUCCUGUGAUUCAUCAUUCAGCCAUUCAAUGGUGACGAGGGACUCACUUGAGCAGGCCUGGGCCAAAGUUGGCCCAAGCCUGCACAAUAGGGAGCCAUGGACUUGUUGGGAUUCUUGUGCCUGCCUUCACUUGGAACUGUGUCUUGUAAAUAUUUAUCUUUAUCUGUAUGCAUUAAUAAAAGUCCACUUUGUUAAA